AUGACCACGAACAGAAGAAAAGAAAGAUACCACCUGGAUCGAUCUCCCUUCUACCAGUCCACAAGGUGUCAGCAUAAGUGCAUAGCAUGAGUGGGGGGAAAGCGAGCGAGGCAAAGAACUCAACUUUAUUUGGCGCGAGAGCAGAGCAGACUGCAGAGUCCACCACACACAUUGAAGCAGAGGAGAGAGGAGGAGAAAAGCGAUCGGCGGCAGCAAAGAGAAAAGCUUAAAAGAGCGUGUCGUCACGUUGUGUGUUUCUCUCCUUUUUCUUGUUGCCGCAUCUGCCGAUCGAUGGCAGCGCAGCAGACUGCCUCGGUGCUGCAGAGCUUCCCGUUCAGGGCGGCCGUGCUCGCGCUCUGCGUCGCGCUGCUGCCGCUCCUCCGCUCGCAGGCGCCCGAGGGGCUCGCCGCCGGCGCCGGCGCCGGACAGGCGUUCCUUGCCAAGGCGUGGGAGCUGCUCCACCUGCUGUUCGUCGGCAUCGCUGUCUCCUACGGCCUGUUCAGCCGCAAGAACAGCGCCGAUGAUGGCCGCGGCGGGGUUGUCGCCGCAGAUAAGGUCGCCAAGCCGGUGGCGGACGCGAGGUACGUCUCGCGGAUGUUCAGGGACUCGCUCGCGCCGUUCGACGACGACGACGAUCAGGCAGUGCCGGACAGUCCUCCCGGUGGCGAGGACGAAGGCGGCGGCGCCAAGGUGCGGUCUUGGAGUGCUCUGUACCGGCCCGACGAGCCUGUGGUCGUUGUAACCAACGGCGGCGGAGGACGGAGCGGACGCGCCGCGGACGCGCAGGCGCCGCUGUCGUUGCCCGUGCGGUCGUUGAAGCCUCAGCCGGCGCAGGACGCCAACGCGGGAGGUGGCGAGCCGCGGCGAGGCUCUCAGGACUCUGCGGCCAGCGCUGGUGACGAGACCGUGCUCCCUUCGCCGAUCCCGUGGCGGUCGCGGUCCGAGAGGCUCGAUGCGGGCCGACCCGCGUCGCCGUCGCCGUCGCCGAAGAGGAUCUCCCCCGCCUCGUCCUCGUCCAGGGAGACGCUGGCCAAGGCCAGCGAGGAGUACUACGGCAAGCGGAGGAGCCCGUACAAGUCUUCCAUCUCAUCUCCGCCACCGGCGCCGCCUCCACCACCACCUCCGUUCCUUGUCCACGGUUACCACCCGGCGGCCGAGCGCCGGACAGCGUUGGCGAAGAGCUUCAAGGAGGAGCUGCAGGACCACAGCAUGAGAGGUCGAGGAGAAGACCACUACUCGCCGAACACGAGCAGCUUCAGCAUCUCUGCUUACAGCAGCAGCAACUCCUCGUCGGCGAAGCCAAGAAGCUCUUUUGACGGCGGCUCCUCCUCUUCGUUGGCUUCAGUUGACAAGUCUGUGAGAACGUUCAGGGCAAGGGAAGCUGCAGCUUUCCAAAGCCAAAGCGAAGAACUACCUGACGACGCUGGUGCUGGCCGUGAUGCACUGGGCAUGCACGGAUCAGAGGAGCCGUACGGCUACAGAGCUUACCAGUCCGUUCCCAGGUUCCAGUACGAGAGAUCAGGGAGCGACCCUAUCCUAGGCGGAGUGGCAGUCUCCUCGGACGAGACCGAGAGCAGCGAUGACGAAGACGACGACGACGACGUCGGCGGCGGCGGUGGGCGCUCGACGAGGGAGUCGACGAGGGAGUCGACGCCGGAGGUGGACGAGAACGAGGUGGACAAGAAGGCCGAGGAGUUCAUCGCCAGGUUCAAGGAGCAGAUCAGGCGGCAGAGAAUCGAGUCGAUAAAGAGAUCCGCAGGGCCGCGCGGUGUCAAGCACGGCAAGUAGCUCGCCGGCCGGUGAUCGCCGACGGCGUCGUGCCCACCUGUUGUGUUUGUUUUCGUUUUGACUUUUGAUCGUAAGUAGUUGGUGUCAUCCAGACUCCAGAGAUAAAGAUGCUGCCUAUGAUAGUUGCCAAGAACCACUUGUAAACAUUCAUGUAGGUGAUGAAUGGGAUUGUGUAUAUGUUCUUGCAAGCCAUGAAUGUAUUUUUCGGCCAAGAGAUCGAUCGACUUUUGCAAUCGAUCUCUUGGCUGCUGAUUAGGCA